AUCCACUGCAAGUAAAUUUCCGGUUAUCACGAAGGAGCUGAAAGAUGAACCUGACUUUUAAGCACUUUUUGCCUUAAAUUACCGUUUAAAUAAUACCAAGUUUUUAUAUUGACUGUAAAAAUGGCUUGUUCUUGGCCAGACAACAAUCCAGAAUGUUUAGAAGAUCUGUGUAUGAAAGUAGUUGUGAAAAAUAUUGAUUCUUUUGCUGACAAACUAACUAAUGGCUAUAAACUGAAGGAAGGCAUCUCCUUGCAGCACCCCAGCUUGUGUGACAAAUUAUUCCAGUCUAUGUAUGAAGAAUACCCCGAUGAUUUAGCAUGGCUGUCAAUUUUUAAUGACACAUCUUUUACGAGACUAAACAGAGUGGACUUGUCGUGGCGUUCAAUUGAUGCAGAAACAUUGUCUUUUGCAUGUGGACACCCUAUCCGAGAAUUAAACCUGUCUCAUUGCAAUCUGGACGAAGGUCAUGUAAGAGUUAUCAAUAAACUUGGGGGAACCCUUUUAUCACUGAUCAUUGGUGAUGCUUACAGUCUCAUUCAGAAUUUGAUUGGUUAUUUGUAUUUAAUGGACAUGAGUGAAUUGGACUCAGAACCUGACUGCAAUGAUGGGAACAAAUUCUGCCUAGAUUACAUCUUCAAAUGUCCAAACCUUAGAAAAUUAGUAUUACGGGAUGCUUUAUUUGAAGGCGACGACAACAAAACUGACCCAAGUAGUGGACACAGUGUACUGGCGGCCAUUUUGUGUCCCUUAAAAAAUUUGACCUAUUUAGAUUUAUCAUCAUGUGUCAUUGACCUUGAAUUAAUGGACUGUCUCGAAGAACUGGAAAAUUUACUCUCCCUCGACUUAAGUUGCAUAAGCAUCAAUGAUUUGCAGGAGGCUUUAAAAAAUAUUUGCAAAGCCAAGAAAUUGAGACACCUAGACUUAUCAGGAACAGAGGAGAAUCCAUGUUUCCAUAACAACCCUGAAGAAUGCAUGGAGUACAUCGUGGAAAACUUACCAAAACUAACCUCUUUGGAUAUUUCAGGAACAAAUUUGGCGAGUUUCAGAAUGCAAGCAGAAAAGAGAGAUUGUUGCAUCCCAGGACUUGAAGGGAAAGAAUUGGAAUUUCUGGGCCUGCUGGACUGUCCUGAUAGUCCAUGUGAACGUGCAAAUAUACCUGCUAAAAGGGUGACCGGUAGCCACACAGAAGAACAGAUUUUGCUAGCCCUGCGACUUUAUAAAGACAAGGAACAUCUUCUCACUUCAGCCCUGAAUCAUCUUUUCCAAAUGCUUCGUUAUGAAGAAGUGCAUGAUCAGUGCCAGGCAUUAGAGUCCACUGUGGCCGGGAUGAAGCAUAACUGGAAGAAUAAGCAGGUUCAGAUUUCUGGAAGUGCUGCCCUAUUCUAUAUACUCAAAGGAGUGAACAGAGAAAAGGUCACACAGCUUCAGAGAAGGAGAGUUAUUUGGACUUUGUUGGAUGCUAUGGAAGAACAUAGAUUGGAUAAAACAGUGCUGAGAAAUGUACUGCUGAAUUUCUGUAGCAUGAACCUCCCAGACAACAUGACCUUCUGUCAUCGGCGUAUGACCAAGAAUCUGAUGGAGGUCGUCGCUUCAGAUUCACAGGAGGAGUUCAUUCAGAGACUGGGGAUAAUCCUGUUGAACUGUAUCGCCUGCCAGGUGGACGGCGAAGAAAAACUGACAUUCGGGGAGCUGGGGGCUAUUGAGGCCAUGCUGAAAAUUAUAAAAAGAAAACUGGCACUGGAGCAGUGUGAUGAAAAUAUGGAAGUGGCCUGGAGCAUGAUGUGGAACAUCACAGAUGAGACAGCUGAAAAUUGUCGGCGAUUUAUAGACAAUGAUGGUCUAGAUUUAUUCAAAAAAUGUUUACAGAAAUUUCCCAACAAUGAAGAACUUCUCAGAAACAUGAUGGGUCUAAUGGGAAAUAUAGCUGAAGUUAAGGAACUUAGAAAGCAACUGAUGAGAGGAGAUUUCUUGAUCACUUUCUGCGAGUUAAUGGAGUCGGAGAAGGAUGGAAUAGAAGUGAGCUACAAUGCUGUAGGAAUAUUCUCCCACAUCAUGGCAGACGGCAAGGAAGCCUGGACGGUCAUGGACCCUACCAGGGAUCAAGUCAUAAUGAGGAUGUUCAAAGCCAUAGAAAGAUGGCCAUUGGACAGCAAGAGGAAUAUAAACUAUAGGUCCUUUGGCCCAAUACUAAAUCUUCUGAAGUCCAGUACCCCCGCAGCUCAGUACUGGGCUGUAUGGGCACUAUGCAACCUAACCAGGGUUUAUCCGGAAAGAUACUGCCGAUUGCUGAAAAGUGAAGGAGGCUUAGAAAUGUUAGAGUCUCUAGAAGCCAAUCCAAGUGCAUUGUGUGAGGUAAAGAAAUUAGCGCACACUGUGAUAGAACAAGUCUUGGCUGGUCUUCAAAUUUUUAAGAAGAAUUCCCAAGAAGAGAAUCAAAUGGAGGAAAGUUCUGAUGACUAAAGAUGUCAUUUUUUUUUUAUUCACUUUAAAAUAUUUUUUGUCAUUUGCUUGGCAUUUAGCUUUUUCCAGUUUCAUUUCUUUAAGCAUGUGAAAAAUGGCUUUCUUCUAUGUCUUUCAUGAAAAUUUUGUACAAUGUAUUGUAUGUGUAUUUAUAUUGAAGUGUAUUUAAAACUUAUAAGAAAAGUGAAAAUUGAAACUUUGUAAUGUUUCAUAAAUUAAGCACAUCAGAGAUUGUGCCAAACCCUACUCAUUAGUACCUUAAUUAGUUGCCUGAUUAUAAAGAAUGCAUACAUUUUCAUUAGGGCCCCGCAAGGAUUUGCGGGUGCCCUAUAGUAAUCACUCUGUCCGUCCGUCUGUCUGUCUGUCCGUCUGUCCAUCUUCCAUCCACAAAUUUUCUGUUUUUUUUUCUAAUAACUUUUUUUAUGGUUGCCCAAUCAAGUUCAAAUUUGGUAUGGUAGUUCAGUAGGCAGAAAUACAUAUUUUGAUGCUAAGUUUGGUUCUCUAUGUCUUCUGGUUUGGAGCUGGGGUGGUGGGGUAGAUUCCUUAACUAUGCAUAAGAAUGAAUGGGCAACUUUUUUUAUGGUUGCCCAAUCAAGUACAAAUUUGGUAUGGUAGUUCAGUAGGCAGAAAUACAUAUUUUGAUGCUAAGUUUGGUUCUCUAUGUCCCCUGGUUUGGAGCUGGGGUGGUGGGGUAGAUUCCUUAACUUUAUAUAUGAAAGCAUUGGCAAAGAGAGAUAACUGCUGAAGAUGUUCCCAUUGUAAACUGAAUGCUGCUAUGAGUCCCUUGGGAUUAAUUAGCUUUCCUCCUGAAGAAAAUCCAGAGCAUUAUCUUUAUCUGUCAAAUUGAGAUGAAUUACCACCUCUGUCUAAAUGAAGUUUGUUUUGAAGUUAAGUCAAUUUGGAAUGCUAUGAACACUCUGAAAUGUGGAUUUAAAUAUAAAUUUUUAUAAUUUAUUUUUGUUUAAUAGUUAUGAUUUCAUUAAAUUCUAAUAACAAGAAAUAGAUUAAAGAAGAUUUUUUGAUUUACUUUUUCAUCACUUUAUGUUAAUUCAAGAAUAUUAUUAAUUUUUAGGGUAGUUGUAUAAAAACCCCAUUCUAUCAUUAAUACUGAAAAAGUUCUUAUUGUAACUUUAGAAGAAAAUGAUGAGAGAGGUACAAUUAAUCCUUUGGGAUUAAUUAUCUAGCCUGCUGCAGAAAAUUUAGUAGGCUUUUCUUUAUCUGUCACUUUAAGAUUAAUGAAAACCUUUGUCUGCAACUGCUGUUUGUUUGAAGUUAAGGUCAAGCCUUCAUGAUAUUUGCAUUCAUUGAAGGCUGGCAUUUUAUAUAACACAAGCUUCAUAAUUGUUUAAAUAUACAUUCAAUGUUAAGUUGUUCUUUACUGCCUAAUGUAAAUACAAGGGUAUUAUUUUCAGGUUUUUGAAUAUUCAGGAAUUAUCUUGAAAUUUUAAGAAUACAGUUGCUGUUGCUGUUGCUUAUUCUUCGUACAUUUUUUAAUCAUUCCAUAAGCUGCACCCUAUUAAUUCUACCCCAUGGCGGGGCCCUUGCUGACUGGUCAGUUUUCUAGUUAUAAUGAAUACUUUUGGUCCUUUUAUGGUUUCUUAUACAUGUAUAGCUAUUAUUUAAUUUAAGCAGUGUGCAAGAAAUGCAUGUUUACUUAACUAAUCUCAAAACAUUUUACUAUUUUGAUUCAGGAGGUUUUAUAAAAAUAUAUUUUUGGUGUGAAAGUCCAAGGGAAUUUAUAAAUGUUGGUGUUUUUCUCUUCACCAUCCCAAAUCAGGAAUAUUUGUUGUCCUCAAUGUGCAUUAUAAGAAUGAGAAAAAGAU